CCCUGCGGCCACGGUUGCCCAGCGCGAGCGCGCAGUUGCCUGGGCAACAGUGAGGUGCUGGCUGGGAGAGACCAUGCAUCAGGUGACGGUGCCGGAGCUUUAUUCCCGGAGGAAGCGGACAGAGGGACAGGGGUCUUCCUCGCCGGAGCAAUUGGGAUUACGAUUAGGGAUGUGGUACUGGAAAGAUGAAACCAGAACUCUUGAAUUCAGAAGUUUUACACCUGCAGUAGAACUCAAGGAAAAAGGAAAGAGAGGCAAAGCAAUACACUUUGCUGAAAUUGAUGGUCCGGCUUCAGACAGGUUGACGGAUAAAAAGCUUGCUUCAAGAGACGAUAAGUCACUUAAAGCCUUAGAGAAGCGAGGUCAGCAGGGCAACGUGACGCUCCAUGAUGCUAAAUUUGUUGCUUUGUUUUUACUACAAGAUAAUGAGAUGCAGCGGAUCUGUUCCUUUACAACAUUUAUGAGGAAUAAGAAUCUUGACAAUUUCCUCAUGGCAUUAUUGUACUAUUUAUCUCAUUACUUGGAAAAAAUAGCCCUGGAAAAGAAACCCAAAAGCUGCAUGGUGGGGCUUGUAGAGAAGAAAGAGAUGGAAUUGGUUAUAAGGAAGUUAGAAGCAGCGCAGAAUUACCUGGCACAGAAGUACUGCGUCCUUGUCCUGGGCUUGGCAAUGCCUGAUAAGCAUCACAUGUGCUGCGGGAAGGAGAAAAGAUCAGAUACACAGAAAGACUGGAAAUUCUUUGAGUCCUUUUAUACUUUCUGUACGUAUGUAGCUUGGAUUGUGUUCCGACGUCAACACUUCACAGAGAUUGAGGAAGAAAUAGGAAGGCUCUUUCGUACCAGUAUGUUCAACAUUCCUCGGAGGAAGCGUGAGGAGGAAGAAUCAGGAGGGGAAAAGAAACGCAUGACUUUUGUACAAUUCAGGAGAAUGAUGGCGAAACGCCCAGCAAUUAAAAAAGCCAUUAACAUGCGCUCUCCAGUCAUGUCUACUCUGCUGCCAUCUCUCAGAGAAAAAGCUCAGAAUAUCUUUGAGAAAAAGUAUCCUCAAGGAGUCGUCAAACUCCCGGCCCCAAUGCAAGAGCACAUGGAAAGUCUGGACUCUGUGCUCAUGCCAAAAGUUGGCAUCUUGGGGGAGCCUCGAUGUCAGUUCAACCCCCAUACCCUCCUCCCCCUUGAACCAGAAGAAAACAAAAGAAUGUCUGGGAUACAUUCUUCCCUGAUAGAAAGAAAUAACAUGAGGAUCCAGGAUACACUGGACUUAGUCACGAGAACAUUGUCCUCUCAAACAACAUUCCCUAAAUAACCUGGUACAUUGCAGUUCUGUAAUUAAGUCCCUGCAUUUGAAGUAAACUACUUCAACUUAAUCACUUUAUAUAGGACUAAUAUUUAUUAUUAUUACGCUUUUUAAAUUGUUCAAAUUAUUUUGUUAAAAGUUCAACAGUGGACUAUUAAAAGAAAUUUCAGAAAGCUCUUGAAAAGCUCAUUUUCCUAUAUUUCCUAGUUUGCUUUGUUAUUUAGUUACUUCCUUGGCUUCUAUGUGACUAUUUAGAGUAACGUAUUAGAACGUUUAACCAGUGUUCUAGUAGACUAGUGAAGAGACAGUCUGUUUAGGGGGCGCCUGGGUGGCUCAGUUGGUUGAGCAUCCGACUUCAACUCAUGUCGUGAUCUUGCAGUUCGUGAGU